GUUCUAAUUAGUUGAUUAGUCGAUUAAUUAGUAAUCAUCAUCAGAUUGUAACGUGUCUAAUUACAUAUCCACGGAAGUGGCUAUUUAUGCAAAUUAGAUGAAACUUGCCAUGCAUAUCAUUUCACUGUAUAGCCUGAAUAUUCAAUUUCAUAACAAUAUAGAGUGUUUGAACUAUUGUGGCAGUGUAAUCGCGCAAGAACAGCAGACAAAAUGGGCGACUUAGAAGCAACAUUUAACAGUUUCUGUGCUUUCGGAGCAGGGGCUAAAGGAGCAGCAGCUACGAUGGAUAAUUCGAAAUUUGCCAAGCUGUUUCGUGAUUUGAAAUUGCUGGAUAAGAAACUCACUGCUACAGAUAUAGAUAUCAUAUUUAACAGACCAGAAGUUAAGAGGUAGGAUUGAGUAGUAGUAAUAUUUACCCAAAAUAAUUGAUACUGUAUUCGUACGUUUCAGUAAGCGCUAUUGAUUGUGUCAACUUCAGAUAGGUUCAAAUUCAUAGGAAGAAUAAAAUUAAGCGACAUUUCUCAAUUCUAUUUAGAUGCCUUCUAUUUAUAAUGAAAAGAAUUAUUUUCUCUUUCUAAUAAUAACAUUUUCUCCCUCUGAUAUCUGCAGCUUCACCGCCGUCUGCUUCACGAUAUAGUGUUGUGUAAAUUUGAAAUGAGAGCCUUGGCUCCACAGCUAGUAUGCCAGGGUCAAGGAAUAUAUAGUGUACAAACUUUGGUACAUAACACACUAACAGUCUUUGUUUAUUCACAGCAAAACCGAUCGAAAAAUCACUUUUGCACAGUUUCAAAACGCGUUGGUACUAGUAGCUGAGAAAAAGUACGGUCAGGGCGAAGAUGGUGUAAAGAAAUUAAAGGACAAAAUCGCCGCCGGAAAAGGUCCUGGCACAUCAGGCGUUACGGUAAGAGAUACCAGAGUUGUUAGAAUGCAAAUGUCAGUAGUAAAAUCACUGAAUGAUAUUAAUUUGUUUACAAACUUAAAAACAUUUCAUCGAUUGUAACAAUUAGCGGAUUCUUGGACCUUAUUGAUAUCUGUGCAGCAUAAAAACGCAUGCAGUUUUAAAAAAUAUACUAGACAACUUCUUGCAGAUUCCGUUUGUGUUUGAACUAAUUCCAACCGCAAAAUUGCUCUAUGUUUACAGAGUUAUUUCCUGUGGUGUCUUUGCGCUGGGCCUUAUACCGAUCAAAGCAACGUAAAUUUUGAUAUUUAGGAAAUACAUUUCAAUAGAUAACACACUAAAACAAGAGGCAAAAGAUAAAUGUGUGAAAAUGCAAAUGAAGAAACGAUUAUUAAAAUUUCAGUGGAAAAGAUUAUCGAUCUGUUUCGUUUUGCGUUAGCGUGGCGGUUGCUAGGGACUAUGUAAACUCGCGUGAACCCAUGCAAUGCAGAGCUCUGUGAUAUUCCCGAAAACUGCAUGAGUUUCCAAUAAAGUUUUAAAAGUAACAAUCUUCUGCUGCCAUAAUGCUAGUGUCAGAGAUCUACAAUGUAGCAAGAAAAAACCGCUAACACUCAAUAAGUUUAUUGGCGUUUUAAAAAUUCAUAAUUGUUGACCCGAGUUAAUGAUAAUAUACAGCUCGGUACUCGGUACCAGUAGGGUACCGGUGGCUUUGUUGAGCCGCUGAAGUUUCUAAUGUGUGUUUUAAAUAUUAAUUACUUGUAAAAAUAACGCUUAUUGCCUCUCAAAAACAUUUGGUAAAAAGAGUGACUUUUUAAAGUUAGACUUUUCCAAUUUAGGAGCAGGGAUAACAUCUUAAUGCCUUCUUCGCCUCAUUCAGGUUCUAAAAUUCUACUAAUCUACUCAGUCACAGAAACGAAAGAGAAAAAUAUUUAAAUUCUAAAUUAUGAAAGUGGUCUAUUCGAGAGGGGGAGGGGCACUUUGUCGAGAGGGGGAGGGGCACUUUGCCCCCCAAAGCAGCGUAGGUCCUUAACUGAGAAUAUAAAUCCUAGCUGAGUUAGGGCCGAUAAUAUGCAAUAAAGUGUAAUAUAUUGUAAAACACCACUUCUCCCGUUUCACAAUUAUCACGUCAUAGGGCGCGCGCAACCUUGAUGACUCUUUAAUUUCAUUUCAUUUCAGAAAGCAACAAAAGCUGGAGCAGUUGACCGCUUGACAGACACAUCAAAAUACACAGGCUCACACAAGGAGAGAUUUGAUGAUGCAGGCAAGGGAAAAGGUCUAGACGGACGAAAAGAUUUUGACAACAAGGCUGAGUCAGGAUACGUUGGUGGUUACAAAGGAAAAGACACCUAUGACAAAACUCACUGAACACUUGACUUGUAUGCGGACUUUGUUUCUUAUAAAAUACUAUUUUUAGUUAAUUUAAACUGCACUAGUUAUCAUUAAAUCAUCGGUACAGUAUUAAUUUGCUGAACUGUGCUCCUUUCUUUUAAUUAAAACGCACAGCUUGAACGCAAACCGUUACAUAUUUACUUAGGUCUUAGCUUUAUAGAAAGGCCUUUGCCAUGUAUUUUACUUUUUGGUCGUUGUAUAUUACACAAGACUUUAUGUUAUCAUUGCUGUGUAAUAAGCUCAAACUGAAUUCCCAUUGUUGUGUUUUUUCGUUGGAAAAAGUAGUAUAUAUAUACAGGAGCUUUGCUUGAGUUUAGACUGAAGUGAAAGUUAUGUACAGCUAUCGUAAAUCAUAUUUGUUUCAAUUUUUCGCCAUUCAGGUUUUUAACGUACUUUUCAAGAGAUCCAAACUGCUUUGCAAAAUAAUAUAUUCAAUAUAUUCUAGAUUAUAUCAUAAUUUAUAUCUUUCUAUAUUGCUGGCUUUCACUGAGACUAACAGAGCAGCAAAUGGUGCAACCUCGUACCCAGAAAGAGCCUGGGUACGAGGUUGCAAAUGGUGGACAAUCUCAGAAAAUUUUCAUACUUACCUUAACAUUAUUUUCUCACUCUGAUAACUGCAGUUUGUCCACCAUCUCCUGCACGAUAGUGCUUAGUGAAACUCAGCUAUACUGGUAGUUUUGAAUAUCUUACACUAUCAACAUUACCACUCAAGUACAGCACACCAGUUUAUAAUGACCACCAUCUCCUGCACGAUAGUGCUUAGUGAAACUCAGCUAUACUGGUUUGAAUAUCUUACACUAUCAACAUUACCACUCAAGUACAGCACACCAGUUUAUAAUGACCACCAUCUCCUGCACGAUAGUGCUUAGUGAAACUCAGCUAUACUGGUAGUUUUGAAUAUCUUACACUAUCAACAUUACCACUCAAGUACAGCACACCAGUUUAUAAUGACCACCCUCUGCUGCACGAUAGUGCUUAGUGAAAUCCAGCUAUACUGGUAGUUUUGAAUAUCUUACACUAUCAACAUCACCACUCAAGUACAGCACACCAGUUUAUAAUGACCACCCUCUGCUGCACGAUAGUGCUUAGUGAAAUCCAGCUAUACUGGUAGUUUUGAAUAUCUUACACUAUCAACAUUACCACUCAAGUUCAGCACACCAGUUUAUAAUGACCACCAUCUCCUGCACGAUAGUGCUUAGUGAAACUCAGCUAUACUGGUAGUUUUGAAUAUCUUACACUAUCAACAUUACCACUCAAGUACAGCACACCAGUUUAUAAUGACCACCCUCUGCUGCACGAUAGUGCUUAGUGAAAUCCAGCUAUACUGGUAGUUUUGAAUAUCUUACACUAUCAACAUUACCACUCAAGUUCAGCACACCAGUUUAUACUUAUCUAUGUUUUGUGCAACGUCUUCUCGACUUUGGGUAUCCAAUCAAUUGAUUUCUUUAUUUAUUUAUAAUGACCACCAUCUCCUGCACGAUAGUGCUUAGUGAAAUCCAGCUAUACUGGUAGUUUUGAAUAUCUUACACUAUCAACAUUACCACUCAAGUACAGCACACCAGUUUAUAAUGACCACCAUCUCCUGCACGAUAGUGCUAGUGAAAUCCAGCUAUACUGGUAGUUUUGAAUAUCUUACACUAUCAACAUUACCACUCAAGUUCAGCACACCAGUUUAUACUUAUCUAUGUUUUGUGCAACGUCUUCUCGACUUUGGGUAUCCAAUCAAUUGAUUUCUUUAUUUAUUUAUAAUGACCACCAUCUCCUGCACGAUAGUGCUUAGUGAAACUCAGCUAUACUGGUAGUUUUGAACAUCUUACACUAUCAACAUUACCACUCAAGUACAGCACACACCAGUUUAUAAUGACCACCAUCUCCUGCACGAUAGUACUUAGUGAAACCCAGCUAUACUGGUAGUUUUGAACAUCUUACACUAUCAACAUUACCACUCAAGUACAGCACACACCAGUUUAUAAUGGCCACCAUCUCCUGCACGAUAGUACUUAGUGAAACCCAGCUAUACUGGUAGUUUUGAACAUCUUACACUAUCAACAUUACCACUCAAGUUCAGCACACCAGUUUAUACUUAUCUAUGUUUUGUGCAACGUCUUCUCGACAUUGGGUAUCCAAUCAAUUGAUUUCUUUAACUGUUUAUAACUCCAAUGUAGUUGGUUCACUUCGCUCUGGUGACGAUCUUUCUCUUGAGACAACUCAAGUAGUAAGUGAUCGUUCGUCGCAACGAGAGAUCUA